GGUGGCUGAAUCGCUCACAAUAUAGUCGUCGUCGGUGGGAUGUUCGCCACAUACUCGUACACUGUUCUCGGAGGUGAAUUCAUUAAAACAACUGUAAGCUUUUGAAUCUUUUAGUUAAACGGGAACUACAAUUCUGUUUUGGAGCCGUCGAGCAGCAGUCCUUCCUGACAUUAAAAAUGGCGAGUCAUCAGCUGGACGUAUACCAAAAUGAAAAAGGUCUCCCGAAGGAGGCACUGGCCAUCUUCGAGACACUUGAAGUGUCCGAGGAGCAGCAAAGAGACAUCAUGAGAAUUCUCAAUGAGUCGAUGAACAAGGGACUCUGUCCAGAGACGCACGAUGAAGCCGCAGUCAAGAUGCUGCCGUCUUACGUCAGGUCACUGCCCAAUGGAACAGAGAAGGGUACAUACAUGAGUCUCGAUAUGGGAGGGAGUAACUUCCGAGUCUUGUUGGCUGAGCUUACAGAUAAAGGGUUAAAGGUGCAGGUGGACAGAUAUCAUCUGCCAGAAGAGAUCUUAUCUGGAACUGCCGAUAUGUUUUUCGGCUACAUCGCGGACAACAUCGAGCUAUUCAUGAAGAACCACUGCCCAGAUGGUACAUUCGACGAGCUGCCGCUAGGUUUCACGUUCUCCUUCCCCUCUGACCAGCACAGUCUAAAUUCAGCUGAUUUGAAUCUAUGGACCAAAGGAUUUGCCGUCAAAGGAGUCGUCGGGAAGGAUGUUGUGCGUCUACUCCAGGACGCCUUAGACAAAAAGCAGAAUAUCAAGGUUCGCACGGUAGCUAUUAUCAAUGACACAGUUGCAGCGCUGAUAGCUGGAGCGUAUUACAACAACAAUUGUCACAUCGGGCUCAUCAUAGGAACUGGUAUAAAUGCAGCGUACAUGGAACAACUAAGCAAUGUUGGAACGUGGAAAGGAGACCACAACGAGCCGCGUCAAGUUGUCAUUAACAUCGAGAUGGGUGGCUUUGGUGACGAUGGUGUCAUCGAGUUCGUAAGGACAGAGAUCGAUUAUGAUCUGGAUAGCCGGACUGUUAACAAAGGCAAUCAAUUGGUUGAGAAGAUGAUUUCUGGGAAGUACCUGGGCGAGGUCGCCCGUAUCAUCCUGGUGAAACUCACCCGUCUCGGAGUUGCGUUCGGAGGCAAGCUCCCCAAGGGCUUAGAGGAAGAUUGGAUUUUCGCCACCAGCUUCAUUUCUGAAAUUGUUGGAGGUGACACCGAAGACAAGCAACCAAACUCCCGCCGAAUCCUUCAGUCGCUGGGAGCAGACGACCCUUCCCCAGCUGACUGCAGACUCUUACACGCCAUCUGUGCUCGGGUCACCCAACGUAGCGCUAUGCUUGCAGCCUCCCUGGUAGGCGGCCUCUUGUACCGUCUGAAGAAGCCCCUGACCGGUAUCGCCGUAGAGGGCAGUAUGUACAAGGGUUUUCCCGCUUUCCGGGAGCGGAUGACAGAGAAGAUUGCCGAGCUAUCGCCAGAUUACAAGGCGGAGUUUACCCUGGUAGAGGACGGGCCAGGCAAGGGCUCGGCAGUCCUGGCAGCUGUUGUCGCAAGAAUGGAUCUAGACAAUCAGUAAAACUUGUGUAGGCCCUAUAGUGUUUACUAUUUCGGCAUAGUGGCACACAUGCAAGUGCUAUUCGGCCGAAAAAACGCCCAUGCUGGUCACGCUAAUUUGUAUAUAAAAUUUACGCAAAAUAUAUCAAAAUUAUUUAUAAAAAUAGGGCCGAUAUAUGCAUAUAUAAUCAAAAAAUGGUACGCCAAUCGUUGACGGAAUGCCAUUCACGCGGAAUUUUCUACUGAAGCGGUACAUUUAAUUUGGGCUCAGAUUCGUUUCUCGAAAUAGCAAUACCAUAAUCAUCUGCUUUGUCUGCGCUUUAUCUCAUGGCUGUUUAAAUACUUUAUCCCCGCACAAGGACAGAUAUAAAAGUUCACCGAUGAAGGGGAAUGACCUGACAAGUAGGUUCACUUAGCUCUGGGGUAUUGGUAUCACAUACUUUGGUAACUGCUUUAGUGGAAUAAUUAUACUGCCAUUGAGUAAGUAAUUGUCGGAAAUUCGAAUUACUCGAUGAUGAUUCAUAGCAAGAACUGAUAAUUAAAAAAAAAUGUUAGGGAAAAGGUAGUGGAGAUAGUCGCGUAUCUACUUUCGUGAUACCGUUGACUGAUACCAAUAAUUACUUAAUGAGGAAUUAAACGAAAGGAAUUAUACUUCAAAUAGGGUUUAUCGCUCACUGUUUAAUCUUUAAUUUAUUGCCUUUAUGCACACAGCGUUUAUAGUAAAUUCCUAUUUGUAAUGUUGUGUCCAGAGGGUAAGACUGUUAUUUAUGGUGUUUAUAUAACUUGAUAUCUGGACCUGAACACUAUAUUCAUUCAGCGCGUAAUGAUAUUAGUAGAUUGCUCAGUUAAAGUGACCAUGACAUGAACUUUAGUGAGGAACAUAUUUUUCGAAACUUUCAAAACAUCUCUUUUAGGUUAAUUUUUUAUUGAAAGUGCACUUCGUUACGCAUUAAAAAGUGUCCGUGCUUUUCCGGAUAGUUGAGGGCGCUGUUGCUGCGGUGUCAUUUAAGGGAGACAUUGUUCAGUUUGGGGGUUUUCUGUUCAAGUUGCUUUCCCAAACAUUAAUAAUUUGCUCAUUAAAAACAUUUUUGAGAAAAGUU